AAAAAAAAACAAAUUCAUUUUGAAAAUACAAUAACUAAUCCAGGUUGUUAAACAUGUCAGUGGUUCUCAAAGAGUGGUCUAAAUUCUCAGUGGCUGCAAAAGAUGGCAGUGUUCUCAAUUUACGGACUGUCGAAAUACUUUUGAAUACAAGUGUGAUGGACAAUGUACUACAAUGCUAUCUUAAUUAUUUUGUAACCGAGGAGGCCAAUUUUAUUGCAGCAAGGGUACUGGAGAGUGAAGAAGCAAUGGACGAAAUGGCACAAAUUGUACGGAGCAGAAGUGUGCUAACUGACGACGAACCACAUAUUGUUGUUUGUUGUUUUGACAACGGAAAUGAUGAUAACAUUGAAGUUUUAGGGGCAUCGAUAAUGGCAUUAGUAAGAAAAGACAAUCCACCACCAAAGCAGCUAGAAUUGAAAUCGAAAGAAUGUCAGAAACUUAUGGAGAUAAUGGGAAACUUGAUGGAAAUUUACGAUGAAAUGAAAGUAUUUGACUUAAACCUCUGCUUUAGUGAUAGAGGGCUCGUUGUAUGUCCUGAGUACAGGGGCCUUGGUAUAGCACAGGAACUUCUCAAAGUCAGACGACUAAUGUGCAAGGAGUACGGUAUACCUGUCAAUGGAGCCUGGAUGACGUCAUAUGGUACACAGAAGGCUGCGGAGCGUGACGGCUGGGAGACUGUCUGCGAGCUCCUGUAUGAAGACUUGGAGAAGAAGUUCCACGUCAUUUAUCCGAAAAACCCACCUUCCACUAAAUUUAUGAUCGCUAGAAUAUCUAUUUAAAUAAAAUGUUUACCUACUGUCUUUUUUACAUAUUUUA